AUGGUUAGGACUUCUGUGGUUUCAUCUUUAUGUUCUGUAACAAAAGAGUGGGAUGAAAAUAUCAGCUAUCUUCAGCUAUGUCAAAGGAUUGAAUCGUUUACAGGUAUUGAACCAUGUUAUAUGAGACUUUCAUUUGAAUUCGAUGAUGGUAAGAAACUGGAGAUUUUGGAAUCAUCUAAUCCAUAUCCCUUUAAAACUUACCCACAUGUCUCCAUGAUAUUGGUAGAAGAUCUGAAUGAGAAUUCUGUGGUUAAUCAAUUACAAAACUCAAACGGUACUGAAUCGAACUUCCAUCUGUCAGACGAAGAGUAUGCCAAGAGAACCGACAGUGUGUUACAAUGGAAAAUGAAAAAUAAUUAUGGUAGAUUUAAUUCUGAUUCGAAACGAUCACAAGAAUCCAAUAAGCAAUUACAGCAACAAAGAAUUGCUGAGUUACAGAUUGAUCAAAGGUGUAGCGUUGAAAGUGAAGGGCAAUUGGAAAGAAGAGGUUGGUUGAGAUUUAUUGGCAGGAUAGGUGAAAUUAAUGAUCAAGAUAUUUGGUGUGGAGUAGAAUUUGAUGAUCCCGUAGGUAAAAACGAUGGAUCAUUUAAAGGCCAUAUUUAUUUUGGACCGGUUAAGACAAACCAUGGCGGGUUUGUGAAGCCAUUGGCAGUUAAAACAGGACCUGAGUUCCUGCCAAUGACUAAGAAUGAUCAAAGCGAUGAUGAAAUAUGA